GGCUCCGGUGGGAUGUCCUGGGGCCGGGACCACCGCAGAGGGAGCGGCAUGGGCGGACCCGGAUCGGGCAGUCAUCACGUCUCGCCCCUGAAGAAGCCCUUCUCCAGCAACAUCAUCGCUCCGCCCAAGUUCCCACGCUCCGCCGGAUCCCUGGGGCCUAAGUCCUGGAUCGAGGAGAACGUGUUUCGCACAGACAGCAACAGCAACACCUUGUUGCCCCUGCAGGAGCGCACCAGGAUGUACGACAGUCUGAACAUGCACUCCCUGGAGAGCUCGCUAAUCGACAUCAUGCGAGCCGAGCAGGAUCCGAUGAAAGGUCGCUCCUCCCUCUUCCCAAUCGACGACAAUCUCCUUGACGACGGCCACGGCAACCAGGGCGUCCCGGGAGUCCACGGCUCCCCCAACUGUUACCCCCACCAAAACGGGGACCGCAUCGAGCGCUUCUCCCGUAAGGUGUUUGUGGGAGGUCUGCCCCCCGACAUAGACGAAGAUGAAAUAACUUCAAGCUUCCGUCGCUUCGGUCACCUGGUGGUGGACUGGCCACACAAAGCAGAGAGCAAAUCCUACUUUCCACCGAAAGGUUACGCAUUCCUGCUGUUCCAGGAGGAGAGCUCGGUUCAGGCUCUGAUUGAAGCCUGCAUGGAGGAGGACGGGAAGCUCUACCUGUGUGUCUCCAGUCCAACCAUCAAGGACAAACCAGUGCAAAUUCGACCGUGGAACCUGAGCGACAGCGACUUUGUGAUGGACGGAUCUCAGCCUCUUGAUCCCCGCAAGACCAUCUUUGUGGGCGGCGUCCCUCGCCCCCUGAGAGCAAUUGAGCUGGCCAUGAUCAUGGAUCGUCUCUACGGCGGAGUCUGCUACGCCGGCAUCGACACCGAUCCGGAGCUCAAGUACCCGAAGGGGGCGGGGCGAGUGGCCUUCUCCAAUCAGCAGAGUUACAUCGCCGCCAUCAGCGCCCGAUUCGUCCAGCUUCAGCACGGAGACAUCGACAAGCGGGUGGAGGUGAAGCCCUACGUCCUGGACGAUCAGCUGUGUGAUGAGUGUCAGGGCGCUCGCUGCGGAGGCAAAUUCGCCCCGUUCUUCUGCGCCAACGUCACCUGCCUGCAGUACUACUGUGAGUUCUGCUGGGCCAACAUCCACUCCCGGGCCGGGCGAGAGUUCCACAAGCCGCUGGUCAAAGAGGCGGACCGGCCGCGACAGAUCCACUUCCGCUGGAACUAA